GUUGCAGUUUCGGUUGCGGGAUGAUUUCGUACUUUUGACUUUGUUGGUUAUGUGGUUUAGUUUCUCUGCGAACGAAGCACAGAAAGAAGUAGGAGAAGAAUUAAGUUCGAGAAGCAGUUUCAUUAGGCGUCUAUUUUUAGAGGGUUAAACGCGCCAAUUUAUCCCUGAGUUAUUCCUGGUCCCUCGGAUCAUCGAGUGUUAUAAUGCGUUUGAAUUUUAACGAGAAAUUGAUAAGAAGCGUGAAAUAAAGAUGGGUAGAAAAAAGUGUCACCCCUCUGCAAAAUGUAAACAGCAUCCUUCAUCGAAUAAAAAGAUCUCUCCACCCAAGAGGAUAUCUCCCGCUAAAAGGAGCGAGAUCAACGUUCAAUGCGAGAAACUUUUUCACCUGAGCAGUAACCCGGCAUACGAACUGCAGCUAUGGGAGAAUUAUGGGGAAAUAUUAGCUAUUUUGGAAAAGGUUAAACGAUUAGAGGAGAUGAAGAUAGACGCCUCGAAGAGGUCUGAAGGGAUAGACCACUUUGUAAAGUGGCUAGUGGAUAACGGAGCCAAUGUGGACGGUGUAAGUGUGGCCGAAUUUCCUGGCUACGAUUUUGGACUCAAAGCAGAGAGAAAUUUCACCGAAGGCCAGUUGAUUCUAGAAAUUCCCAGAAAGUUGAUAUUUUGUACUCAAACUGCGGCGCCGGAGCUCAGUGUUCUCCAAAAUGAUCCUCUCGUCCAGCACAUGCCUCACGUCGCUCUGGCUAUCGCUCUGCUCAUCGAGAGGCAUAAGGAAAACUCAGAGUGGAAACCCUACUUAGAUAUUUUACCUAAUCAGUACAACACAGUUUUAUAUAUGAGUGCUAACGACAUGAUCGAGCUGAAGGGAAGCCCCACGUUAGAAGCCAGUUUAAAGCAGUGUAGGAAUAUCGCUCGACAAUAUUCCUACUUCAAUAUAUAUUUCCAAAGCAGUCAGAAUUUGGUAUCAGACUUACUGAGGGAAGUUUUUACUUACGAGGAGUAUUGCUGGGCAGUUUCCACCGUAAUGACGAGACAAAAUAGAAUACCGAAUGAGGAUGGAUCUAAAAUGAUUUUUGGAUUGAUACCGAUGUGGGAUAUGUGCAAUCACGAGGAAGGAAAGAUGACAACGGACUUUAACAGAAUAUCGGACAAAUGCGAGUGUUACGCGCUGAGAAACUUCGAGGCCGGCGAGCAAAUUUUUAUAGCAUACGGAGCGAGAACGAAUUCCGAUUACUUCGUUCACUCGGGAUUCGUCAGUACGGAGAACGAACAGGACGGUUUCAAGCUGCGCCUGGGCAUAAGCAAGGCCGAUCCGCUGCGCAAAGAGCGGAUCGAACUGCUGGGCAAAUUGGCGUUGCCGUCUAACGACGAGUUCCUGCUUAAGCCGGGAAUCGAACCGAUAUCCGACGACCUGUUGGCCUUCCUCAGAGUUUUCAGCAUGCGGAAAGCCGAACUCGAGCACUGGCUCCACUCCGACAAGGUGCUCGACCUGAAGCACGUCGACUGCGCCCUGGAAACGGCGAUCGAGGAAAACGUGAGGAGGUUCAUGCUCGCCAGGCUCAAAUUACUCGUCGCCAAUUAUCCGACCACUCUCGAGGAGGAUCUGGCCAUUCUGGAGACGACUUUGACUCGGCAUAAAAAAAUAAUCGUUCGACUCAGGGUGGCUGAAAAAAAAAUUUUGAAAGGCGCCCUCGAGUACGUCGAGCAGUGGAUAAAGGCUUAGCUAGAUAACUUGUAACGAAUGGCGGAAAAUGUGGUUAGAUAAAAACGAAACGAAUUUUCAAUCUCGACAAGAAAAAAAAUAGAAAAAAAAAAAAAAAAAAUGAAUAGUCAAAUUCUAACACCGGUAAUAUUUUACGUCAUAUAUUAUUGCAUAUGGACGUACCUAAGCGUAUGUAAUUUAACUAUAAUAUUAAAACACGAAGAAAAAUAUAUUUAUACAUAAUUUAAUGUAGAUGUAUAUAUGCGGUAUACAAUAACCGAUACUACGUAUGUGCUUUGUGAUCCGUUGUAUAUACAGAGCACGACGUUGUAGAGAGAAAAAUGAAAUAAUGGCUAUUUAAAAUCAAUCAAUUAUCUAUUUUUGAAGUGAAAAGUACUUAAAUACGAUAUAUUUCAUUACACCUAAUAAUUAACGAUUGUGAGCGUAAUUUUUUUUUUUUUUUUUUCUGCGACAAUUAAUUAUUCAUUCUACACACACGAUGAUAUAUACGUUGAAAAAAAGCUUCUGCGAUAUUAAUUAACGAAUAUUCGAAUCAGUGUUCGGUAGAAAUAUGUUCUUGAAUGUUCGAAAAAUCAAAAAAAACAAAAAACAAAAAAAAAAUGGAACUUUAAUUGAAUUUUACGAAGAUUGAAUCCUAUUAGCUAUUUGUGUGAAAUACUAAUGAUAUAACGAUGAUGUUAAUAAAGCUAUAUAUAAUUUAUCGAUAAAUCGCGAUAAAAAUUCUA